AUGUACGAGCUCAACGACAGCAGCUUCGAUCCCAUCACCUUCGUCCUCACAGGCAUCCCGGGCAUGGAGGAGUCCCACAUAUGGAUCUCGGUCCCCUUCUGCCUGAUGUACCUCACCGCCGUGUUCGCCAACUCGGUCCUCCUCUUUGUCAUCAUCACGGAGAGGAGCCUCCACGAGCCCAUGUACCUCUUCCUGGCCAUGCUGGCUGUUGCUGACCUGAUGCUUUCCACCACCACGGUGCCCAAAAUGCUGGCAAUCUUCUGGUUCAGCGCCAGAGAGAUCUCCUUCGACGCCUGCAUCACGCAGAUGUUCUUUACACAUUUCAGUUUCAUCACGGAGUCCUCCGUCCUGCUGGCGAUGGCGUUCGACCGUUACGUGGCCAUCUGUGACCCCCUGCGAUACCCCUCAACGUUGACCCCCUCGGUGAUCGGCAAAAUCGCGGUGACCGCCGUGGUCCGGGCCCUGUGCAUCAUGUUCCCACCCAUCUCCCUGCUGAAGCGUGUGCGGGGCGUCAUGCUGCACAGCUACUGCGAGCACAUGGGCAUCGCCCGCUUGGCCUGCGCCGACAUCAAGGCCAACGUGUGGUACGGGCUCACGACCGUGCUGCUCUCCACGGGCCUCGACGUGGUGCUCAUCGCCGUGUCCUACGCGCUCAUCCUGAGGGUGGUUUUCCGGCUGCCGUCCCACGAGGCCCGUCUGAAGACGCUGAGCACCUGCGGCUCCCACCUCUGCGUCAUCCUCAUGUUCUACACGCCCGCCUUCUUCUCCUUUCUCACCCACCGCUUCGGCCACCACAUCCCGGGCCACGUUCACAUCCUCCUGGCCAACCUCUACGUGGUGGUCCCGCCGAUGCUCAACCCCAUCGUGUACGGGGUGAAAACGCGGCAGAUCCGGGAGCGCGUCCUGCGCCUCUUCUGCCCCGCGGGGCAGUGCCCCUGCUGCGCCCAGGGUGGACAAUGCUGA